CCGCGCCCCCUCGCGCUGCUACCCGGCGAGCCCGCAUCAUGGAUGUCGAGCUCUCCUAUUUCGCUUUGCUCGCCUUGGUACUCGAGUCCCCAGACGAGGACCAGGAUUCAUGAACCGGUCGCAGGGGCCCUGGCAGGGGCCUCUGGCUCCAGACGCCGGCCGAGAGGUGGGUCCCAGGGCGGGUCACUGCUCUCCGAAGCCGGGCGGGGACGCGCUGCCCAGAGGAGCUGGCGCCCUGCGCGCUGCCCCCGCCCUGCCUCCCUGUGGUCCACACCCCCUUUGGGCUCCAGAGCCGCUGGGCUGGAGUAGCUGGGGGUGCGCGCGAGCAGGCGCUGCCAACCCCGCUUCUGCCUCUGAUUCAAGUCCAAGGGGAGCAAGACCCGGACGCCCGUGUUCUCCCCGCCUCCUCCUCCUCCUUGCUCUCACCUGCGCUUAUUAGUCCACUCGCCUUCAAGGCCAGUAGCUACAGCCCAGACUCAGAGAGGAAUGCAGAGAGAGAGAGCGAGCACCUGAGGAUACAGAGCUGGCGCUGGACUUCCUUUCCACCCCCCAGGUGAUGAGUGAGGUCGGAAGAUCGAAAGAUUUUACAAGCAACCAGAGCCUCCGUAUUGAAUGAAAGACCCAGUGCAAAGGCAUCACCAUGAACACGAGCAUUCCUUAUCAGCAGAGUCCUUACAAUCCCCGGAGCAGCUCCAACGUCAUCCAGUGCUAUCGAUGUGGAGACACCUGCAAAGGGGAAGUGGUUCGUGUCCACAAUAACCACUUCCACAUCAGAUGCUUCACCUGUCAAGUGUGUGGCUGUGGCCUGGCCCAGUCUGGCUUCUUCUUUAAGAACCAGGAGUACAUCUGCACCCAGGACUACCAGCAACUCUAUGGCACCCGCUGCGACAGCUGCCGAGACUUCAUCACGGGUGAGGUCAUCUCUGCCCUGGGCCGUACCUACCACCCCAAGUGCUUCGUGUGCAGCUUGUGCAGGAAGCCUUUCCCCAUUGGAGACAAAGUGACCUUCAGCGGGAAGGAAUGUGUAUGUCAGACGUGCUCCCAGUCCAUGACCAGCAGUAAGCCCAUCAAGAUCCGUGGACCAAGCCACUGUGCUGGAUGCAAGGAGGAGAUCAAGCACGGCCAGUCACUCCUGGCACUGGAUAAGCAGUGGCACGUCAGCUGUUUCAAAUGCCAGACCUGCAGCGUGAUCCUCACCGGGGAGUACAUCAGCAAGGAUGGAGUUCCAUACUGCGAGUCUGACUACCACUCCCAGUUUGGCAUUAAAUGCGAGACAUGUGACCGAUACAUCAGCGGCAGGGUCUUGGAGGCAGGAGGGAAGCACUACCACCCAACCUGUGCCAGAUGCGUACGCUGCCACCAAAUGUUCACUGAAGGGGAGGAGAUGUACCUCACGGGUUCUGAGGUUUGGCACCCAAUCUGCAAACAGGCAGCCCGGGCAGAGAAGAAGUUAAAGCACCGACGGACGUCUGAAACUUCCAUCUCACCCCCUGGAUCCAGCAUUGGGUCACCCAACCGAGUCAUCUGUGCUAAAGUGGAUAAUGAGAUCCUUAAUUACAAAGACCUGGCAGCUCUCCCCAAGGUUAAAUCCAUCUACGAGGUACAACGCCCCGACCUCAUUUCCUACGAACCUCAUUCCAGAUACACGUCCGAUGAGAUGCUGGAGAGAUGUGGCUAUGGAGAGGACAUCUACGAGAACCUGGACCUCCGGCAGAGGCGGGCCUCCAGCCCAGGAUACAUCGAUUCCCCCACCUACAGCCGCCAGGGCAUGUCCCCCACCUUUUCCCGCUCACCUCACCACUACUACCGCUCUGGGCCUGAGAGCGGCCGGAGCUCUCCAUACCAUAGCCAGUUAGAUGUGAGGUCCUCCACUCCAACCUCUUACCAGGCUCCCAAGCACUUUCACAUCCCAGCUGGAGAAAGUAACAUCUACCGGAAACCUCCGAUCUACAAACGGCAUGGUGAUUUGUCAACAGCAACCAAGAGCAAAACAAGUGAAGACAUCAGCCAGGCCUCUAAGUAUAGUCCAGCCUACUCUCCAGACCCCUACUAUGCUACAGAGUCUGAGUAUUGGACCUACCAUGGCUCCCCAAAAGUGCCCCGAGCCCGAAGGUUCUCAUCUGGAGGAGAGGAGGACGACUUUGACCGCAGCAUGCACAAGCUGCAGAGUGGAAUUGGCCGCCUGAUUCUGAAAGAGGAGAUGAAGGCCCGGUCCAGCUCCUACGCAGAUCCCUGGACCCCGCCCAGGAGCUCCACCAGCAGCCGGGAGGCCCUGCACACGGCUGGCUAUGACAUGUCCCUCAAUGGCUCCCCUCGGUCCCACUACCUGGCUGACAGUGAUCCCCUCAUCUCCAAGUCUGCCUCCCUGCCUGCCUACAGAAGAAAUGGGCUGCACAGGACGCCCAGCGCAGACCUCUUCCACUACGACAGCAUGAAUGCCGUCAACUGGGGCAUGCGAGAGUACAAGAUCUACCCUUACGAACUACUGCUGGUGACCACGAGAGGGAGAAACCGGCUGCCCAAGGAUGUGGACCGGACACGUUUGGAGCGCCACCUAUCCCAGGAAGAGUUCUACCAAGUCUUUGGCAUGACCAUCUCUGAGUUUGACCGGCUGGCCCUCUGGAAGAGGAAUGAACUGAAGAAGCAAGCCCGGCUGUUCUAGACAGAGGCUCUAUAAAUAUAUAUGUGUUUAUAUAAAGAUAUAUGUAAAAUCUCUAUACUGAAGCUCUGUAUAAUCCCCUUGUGUAAUGGGACACACUGCCUGCCAUGAGACUCGCUUUUCUGGACUGUCAGGCAAGCCCGCAUCAUCAAGAUAUUUUUAUGCUCCUUACUUUCUCUUUUCUAAUGCAAUGGGGUUUGUGAAGGGAUGCCCAUCCUUUUAAUGGGGAUCCUUUUUAUACUGAAACAUCUAACAUCUAACUUGAGUCCCCCAAGGUCCAACCCUCUUUCCUAAUGGAGGUGCCUGAAGAAGUCUCUUCUGUCUGUUAUUUGGCUCUAUUCCCCAGUCUCCAGGGUGGAUGCUGACCUUCUGGUUUUCACAUCUUAUUGGCCCCAGAGGGGCCCUCCCAUGGGAGGAUCCACAGCCCCCUCCCAAAGACACUGAGCACCUUGCAGAGCCCUCGUAGAAUGUUCUCAUCACCCACAAUUCAGAGCUCAGUGCUCUCUGAGGGGGAUGCAGUUAGAAGUGUGGAGCUCAGACCAACUCCUCACGGCAGUAAACAGAAGUGGGCAGGGCCUCAGCUCUUCAAUCCUUCUUCUGUCCUUGACCCUAACCUCUCCCUGAUCCAAGUCUAUGACUCACAGUAGAAAAAGAAAAGCCACUUCCUUUUCUUCCACCACUUCUAACUGGCCCCUUUGUCUGGCGCUGGAGAACCAGAGAAAAGGAGUAGGAGCCAGGAGCAGAAGAUAGAGCAGGCACCUGUUAGAACCGGAGCUGCAGGACCUCUUGAGACCCUCCUCUCUCCCUUACUGCUUCUAGCACCUCCCAACCCUUCCCACUUUGGAGGGGAGGUCCACACUGCCGCUGUAUUCUUCAGCCUUACUACGAUCUAUGUGCCUGACAACUCAACACACCGCAGGGCUAACGUUCCCCCCAUAGCUCUAACCGAACAACUAGACAGACAACCUCUAACAUCCCUCUCAAGGUAACAUAGGUCAUGUUUCAAAGAGAGGUUCCUGGUCUGUGCCUGCUGGUCCUGGGUUUGGCAAGGUAACCCAACCAGUCCCUGAUGCCCACUGCAAAGCUGGCCAAGUUUCACUGCAGAAACUUUCUGAAGAAUGACUGCUUAAUGAGAUUCCAGAAUGAAGCAUUGGUCAACACCACUCACAAUCAUCCUGGAUUUCCCCAGGGGCUGCUUUUCCUGCUUCCUUGCCUCCUGGAACAGGGGUGAAUGCUUAGCCUUCUCUCCUCCCCUUUCCAGACCUUCUACCCUGAGUUGGUGAUGUUCAGUGGGGGCUGUACCUUCCUGGAGAUACCUUGAGUUAGGCAGUUUUGAGGUCUUGGAGGAAGGAAUACUAAGUGAAAAUGACAAUAAGGACUCUCAAGAGGCUGGUGAUGUAACAUGGCAAAGGUAGAACUGACUUCAACAAACACUCACUGCUGAUGCCGAGCACUUGUUGUAUACUGAGCUCUGAGUGGGAGAGGGCGGUGGGAGCCCUGAGAUGCUCAACAUGGGCCCUGGUCUGGGGGACAUGCCUACCAACACUAGGUAUCAUAAGGCAUGUGCUCAGACACGAUGGAUGUGAGGCGGAAGUGAUAGGAGAUGGCAUGAGAAAAUGGUUGUGGCAUUACUGAAAAGGCAUUGCAGUUGGUGCAGAUGAAGGAGAGCUUUCGGAAGAGACUGCAUUUGAGCAAAGUUCGGGAAAUGACUUUGUAAGCUGGGAGGAGACCAUAACAAAAGGGCAAAAGGAUGUGGAGCCAGAAAGGAGGUCUAAUAUGCUCUCAUUUAAAAUAUCAACCCUCUCUGUUACUUCUCUUUAUGGUCAAUGUCUUUUAAUUCUCUUGACCCUUUAGAAACGUCCCCAGCCAGAUGCAAUCAUUGAAACUGCCUCAUUAUCACUGGUUGAGAACUUGGCACGAUUUGAAGGGCUUUUGUUAUUGUUGUGGGUAUUUUUGUUUCCCAUAAAGGCACAUGAUUUCAACCCCA